UGGUACCACUCAGAUGCCUCUGUCGCCUGCUCUGAGUGCCACACAACUAACUGUUUUGGCAACUGGAUGAUUUAAACUGAGGGAUCCACUUGCCAUGGCGUUUCAGGCAUGAAAUGUGGGGAGUCGAUAGUGUGUGCUGUGGGGAAGGAGGGGAGAACAAGGUGGUAUUUAGGACUUUUUCAGCGUGGGUUGUGACUGGGGGCUCUAUGGGGCCAAGCCUUGUGUGCACAUCACUGAUGUGUUGGUUGUUGGUUGUAGCUGUGUUGGUCUAAGGACAUAGGCAGACAAGGUUCUUUGGGUAGAUGUGAUAUCUUUUAUUCAACUAACUAAAUACUUGAGAAAAUAGUUUUUUGCAAGCUUUUAGGCACAAACACCCUUCUUCAGGCAUAGGGAGAGUGCUAACUUUUCAUGCCUCUGGCUCACCACAUUUGGGAAAGCUUCCUUGGGAGUGUGUAGAGAAUGGGGAGGAUGCCUGGUUUUGGGGGGACGGAGGGGGAAAGAAUUGCAAAGGCACACUUACACAUCAGACUGGAUGCCAUCCACCAGACUGGGUGCCAAGGCUGAACUUGGAAGUGCAUGAAAAGUAUAGCAGGGAUUUUAGCUAGUUGUUAAAUAAUCACCAGUAUGCUGUUAUAAACUAGAAGAGACCAGAUAGGCAUCUGAUUUCCUCCUAGGUUAUUUCUGAGGCCAAUGCUUGCGUUUGUAUUUACUUAAUGUGUUGUUUGCUCUGUCAGUGUGGGUAUAUAACAGAUACGGAAUGCCUACUUGAAUAAAGAUUGGCACUAAACCUCUUUAUUUAACCCUUCAAUCAUAAAAGACUUCCGAAUCUACAUAAGCCAAGUACCAGUCAAAGGAGGAAGUGUUGAUUUUUCCCGUUGAGGAUCCAGAUGUGUUUAUGUUUGAGGGGGAUAUAUUUUUCAUACCCUUCCCUGGAAAGUGCCUUUGUGUGUAAUUUUAUUUCCGUUAUAUUCCAAAUGGAAUUUUAAACGCUGCUCAGUCUGAACUACCCCUCCAUGCGUUGAUCUCUUGACACUGUUCAAUUUUGUUAUGUUAGAUGAAAAACCAAAAUGGGCUGUGGGGCAGAAUGUAUAUUACGGUCCAUUGCUUUAAAAACGGUCAGUCUUGUUGUAUGUUUUAUCAGUUUUAAAAUUAAGCAGGUCUGUACAGUAGCGUAUGUCUUUGUAACAUGCUAAAUCCUAAACACACCCUGAAAGAUGAUUAUUGUUAUUUCCUGAAUAACCUCUGACAUGUCAUUAGCAAAGCACAAUAUACUAAAAUACUUUGCUUAAUAGUUUUAUGAUCCUCUUUUUCGCCUAAAAAUUAUAUGGUUAGAAAUGGCUAAGAGUGCAAACACCAUGUUGCACUUGACAGCAGUGAAAAAAAAUGCAACUGUUCUUUUGUGCUCAUCUUUUGUAUGUAAUCUCAGUGAGUGCUCACUGUUAGAGGGGUGAGAAGAAGAGUAGUGAUGAAAAAAAAAGCCUUUUUUCUUGGGCCUCAUAAAUUUGUUUAAGGAAGUUUUAAAGCACCGUGCAUCUGUUUGACAAUGUCUUCAAACAACUUCAUAUUAAAGAAGAGACUAAUCAAACACCUGAGGUCCACAGUGUUGAUGAGGAGAUCCUUGGGUUCAGAAGUUGGCUGGAACACGAUGCCCUCCCCCAUACUUGGCUCUGGAAAGUUGUAAGUUGCUCAUGUCUAUAAGGAGGAAGGAUGGCUCAUGGAAUUCCUUCACAAGGCAAAGUUACCAUAACAGUGGAUGAAUACAGUUCAAAUCCAACCCAAGCAUUUACACACUACAACAUUAACCAGAGCAGGUUCCAGCCUCCACAUGUACACAUGGUCGACCCUAUCCCAUAUGACACUCCAAAACCAGCGGGCCACACGCGAUUUGUCUGCAUCUCAGACACACACUCCAGAACAGAUGGCAUCCAGAUGCCUUAUGGGGACAUCCUUCUCCACACAGGCGAUUUCACCGAGCUGGGACUGCCCUCAGAGGUUAAGAAGUUUAAUGACUGGUUAGGAAACCUGCCAUAUGAAUAUAAAAUAGUGAUUGCUGGGAAUCAUGAACUGACAUUUGAUAAGGAAUUCAUGGCAGACCUCGUUAAACAGGAUUACUACCGCUUUCCCUCUGUGUCCAAAUUGAAACCAGAGGACUUUGACAAUGUUCAGUCACUCCUAACAAAUAGUAUUUACUUGCAAGACUCAGAGGUAACAGUUAAAGGAUUCCGAAUAUACGGUGCUCCUUGGACACCAUGGUUUAAUGGAUGGGGAUUUAACCUACCCAGAGGUCAGUCUUUGCUAGACAAGUGGAACCUUAUACCUGAGGGCAUUGAUAUACUAAUGACUCAUGGACCUCCCCUUGGUUUUCGAGACUGGGUUCCAAAGGAACUGCAGAGAGUUGGCUGUGUGGAACUGUUAAACACAGUGCAGCGGCGAGUACGGCCCAAGCUCCAUGUCUUUGGUGGAAUUCAUGAAGGUUAUGGCAUUAUGACGGACGGUUACACAACGUAUAUCAAUGCCUCAACGUGUACAGUCAGCUUUCAACCAACCAAUCCUCCAAUUAUAUUUGACCUUCCGACCCCUCAAGGAUCAUGAAGCACUACUGCACACCUGGAACUGGGGAAGGUCUAUAAACUGCCAUUUUCUAAUUAUAAAACUUACAUUCUCUUACAUGUUUAUUUCCAAAUUACGUGGGGGUUUUUGUAAAUUGCUGGUACAAAAAAAGAAAAAGAUAGAGGUUGUGCUUUUUGGAAAUGCAGCAUCCAUUUUAAAUUGAUCAAGCAUUGUGAAUUUGUAAAAUGACCUUUUUUGUUGUUUUGGGGUUUUUUUAGUAAACUUGCCAUUGUAAAUUGUAAUAGUGUUCUCAAAAGGACAGCCAAGCUUUCUUUUAAUAAGUAAGAGACCUUAUUUUAAUAUUAUAUUAUAAGCUAAAAAGGAAGCAUUUUAAAAACACCCAAAUUUGCACAACUUAUGUUAUUGUUUGAAUUUGUUUUAUAAUGUAAUUUUUUUCUAGUCCUAAACAUAUGCUUCUUCUCUCUCUCCCCCACAUUUAUAGCACACCUUUUUUAGUAAUGUAAACAUGAUGAGGGGAUCUAUUUUGCCCCUUGGUGUGUGUGCAUGUACUGUAACUCCCUCCUAUUAACAGUAAUGUGCAACAAGGGGAGAAUAGACUUCAUACUUGUUUGUCUGCCUACUUUAUAUCCUAAAGACUGAUAAUAGAUAGCUGCAGCCCGUAUGUAAGUAUCUACCUUUUUAUUGUUUUGUUUGUUUUUUUAAAUUAUUUUAGCUUUAAAAAUAUGGGAAUGAAAGCUGCAAAGAGCAGGUGUUUCAUGCAGUAAAAAAAUGUAAAUGCGGACUCCUUUUAAAUAUGAAUUUAUAUAUAUAUGUAUUUUUUGUGCAUUAUAACUAAGCUAGGAAUUUAAUAUUGCCAGUAUAGCAUCUGCAAAAUUAUACUGUACAGAACAUCUAAAUUAUGAAGGAUGUGACACAUUUUCCAAGUGCUCAAGGCCUUCAAGAGCUUGAGUUAAAUCUUUGUGCAGUUUCAGGCAUGUAUAGAAUCAAAUGGAUACAAUCAAGCCUCACUAAAAUAAGGCUUAGUUGUCCUUUAUAUUUAAAUAUUCUUGAAUUGUCUUUCAAAUUUUCUUUUUUUUUUCUUAUUUUGCACUGUGUGUAAAUGCAAUCUUGCUAGCACAAAAUAUUGUUGCAGAUAGUUAUUUCUGUUCUACCACUGUAAAUGCUAUUGAGCUUUGUUCUGUUUUAUGUUACCUUGUUAAUGGAAUUUAGAAAAGCAGUUGUUUCUUUAAAUUUAUUGUGAUAUAAUAUCUAGCAGCCUUUAUAUGCAAAUAAAAUUGCAAGAUUUUUAAAAUG